CAUCGGGGACACGCUCCCUGACCCUCUCUCCCAGAGGCGCCUUCUGGUCCUUCUGCCUGGACAGGGGAGGCGAGGAAGGGCGGCGACCCGGGGGCGGAGGGGAGUGGCCGCCGUGGCCUAUUUCCGUGAGCACCACGAACCGGGUUCAGGGAGCUCAGCGCCAGCUUUCCCCGUCCACGCAGCCCUGUGGGCCCCGGCCGCCCGCGUCCAUGCAGCCCCGUCGACUCCCGCUGCCAGCGCUGCUGCUGAGCCUCUGGCUGCUGCCGAGCCUCGCACUGGCCGCUGCUGUCACUGAGCCCACGGACCAGGAGUACACCGAAGUCCCCCGGCAGCCCUCGGCCAUGGGGCUGCCACGCGGGAUCCUGCAGCUGGCGGCGCGCGCUGCGCUGCACUUCUUCAACUUCCGCGCGGGCUCGCCCAGCGCGCUACGGGUGCUGGCCGCCGUGCAGGAGGGCCGCGCGCGGGUCGACCCUCAUGAAGGCUGCGAAGUGGACUUGGUAUUUAGCACAGAGCAAUACAACCCCGAGCAGGAACAUUUGGGCAGAUGUUCUGCGAGGGUGUUUUUCAAGCAUGAGAAACCCAGACCAGCCAUUAAUGUAACAUGCUCACAGCUUUUUGAUAAAGAGAAGAGACAAGAGAAGGAUUAUCGGCUUUACAAGCAGAUGAAGCAGUGGAAGAUUCCUCUGGACAGCAUCAGGGUACCUGACAGUCAUGGACACAUUGAUCACUCACUGAGACCCCUGUGGGACUUGGCUUUCCUCGGCAGCUCAUACGUGAUGUGGGAGAAGACGAGUCAGUUUCUGCACUACUACUUGGUCCAGCUCAGCAGUGUGGAACAGCUGAAAACGGAUGAUGACAGCAUCGAUUUUGACUACACUGUUCUACUUCAUGAAUUCUCCACACAGGAAAUUAUUCCCUGUCGUAUUCACUUGGUCUGGUACCCUGGUAAACCCCUUAAAGUAAAUUACCAUUGUCAAGAGCAACAGAGCCCAGAAGAAGCCUCUGGAACGGUGGAAGCAUCAGCUAUGGCUCCGACAGAGCUCGGUAAUUUCUAAAGAGAAGAAAUGAUCUGCUUCUAUUAUAUUCUAAACGACACGACUCCACUAGCCGACGUCAUCACUCCCGUAUAAAAGCAGAGGUCCAGGCGGACCAGCAACCAAGCAGGCAAGCUUGCAGACAGAAGCAGAUGUUCAGAAGCGCUGCCUUGUACCUGACCAGCGGUGGUGCUGAACGCCGCGAGCAUGCGCACCUCCCUGAUUGGGCUCCCUGAUUGGGCUCAGCACAUCCACCACACAGCAGGUGGAUCAACAAUUGCUUUGGGAAAAGGUUUUAUCUUUUUUGUUUUGAGUUUGUAUUUUUCGUUACUCUAGACCUAGUGUGGUUAUUUUAUGUUGCUAAAUUGUUCUUAUUUUGUCAACUUUUUUUUUUUUCAGUGAAAGUAAAUGGUAGGAAAAUAUUAACUGCUAAUCUCAGGCAAAUUAUUUCCUUUUAGCGUGAUAACCACUUUCAAAUAAGUGUUUAUAUUUCUAAGUAAUAAAAUGUGUUUGUAAGCUUUGGUAUGGAUGUAAAAUUUGAGCUAACCUGGAAUUAAAUCAAAUCCCAAUGUUGAUUCAAAUCUUAUAAAUAGCAUACUGUCUCACAUGAUAAAAGCUGCAAACACACAUUUAAAGGAACAAUGAUAUAGCUCAGAAAGUACCAGAUACUUAUUUUUAUUCAUCAGGAAAACUAGGACCCAGUGUUGGCAUAAAUAAUCUAUAAAAGCCAACAUAAUAUGUAAAGAUCAAAUUGAGUGACGAACCUCCUCAGGGUGGGGAGAACUCAUCCAGGGAAUGCCGCCAUCGCUCGCCUAUCAUAAUUAUUAAAAUUUCAUGGAACACUUAUGUCAUUGUCUUAAACCCUUGAGCCAGGUUCCUGGGCCACUGACUGACUGGGAGGCAUCAACCGCAAAAUAAAAAAAGCACCCAGAAGCAGCCUUAUGACGGAUGAGGUCAUGUCCCAGUCUGCCCACCUACAGUUGAAAAUACCAGAGGCUUGAAAUGCAGUUAAUACACCUGACCUAAACAGCUCAGUUUAGCGACAUCAUAGACUGCCCUUCACCCUAAUGCUCAUGUGGCUGGCAGAGCUGUGUCCAGCUGCUGCUGUCCCAAAUUCCCAGAGUCUCAGAUAGUAUUUUCCGAGGUGAGACCAAAAUUUAAGAUUGUCCAAAUGGUUUUCCAGAGAGAACACCAUUUUCUUAUCACUGUCAAGGCAAUUUCUAAAAACGGACCAUAAUACUUAGCCUGCACCAUUAGAUAAUGAGAAAGUUUACUGUGCAGAUAACGGUAAUAUCCAUUCUUUUCAACAAGUUCUAAAUCCUCUGCAAAAUCCUUGAAGGCUGCACAGCUUUCCCACCUGGGCAACAGUGAAGACAAAGCAUUAUUUAAAAACACCCGAGAAGCACUGCGUCAAAAUCAAGCCAACAGACAGGGUUUCUAACCGAAGUUCCCUAAAUGAUCUUUCAACAGAGAUCCUAUGAGCACUAUGUACAUUAUAGCACACUGCUGUCCCAAAAAUGCUAACUGUUCUUUUAACAGCCUCCUAUAAGGUAUUUCACCUUUAGUAUUUUAACAUAUGGAAUCUUAAAUUU